ACAAGUGGCUUCUGGUAAAGUGUUCUCUCGGUUUUAGGGAUUCUACCAGAGUAAACUUGUCGGACUUUGUGAAAAUCGUGAUUGGAAUAAAUUUGGUUCGAUUUCGGCACAAGUGUUAGCUUAAGUGAUUUCCCGAAUCGGACCGGUUCGUCUCAAGUGCACAAUGACGAUGGACAUUCGUCAGUCCCGAUUGAAUGUGAAAAUUAACGGACAUUGUGCCAGUGCUUGUGACAGUAACGUGAGUGGCAUAGAAAUGGCUCACACAAAGUUGGAUAAUUUCCGGACUGGGAAAAACUCCGCCAAACGGUCCUUCGAUGUGGCAUUCCUAAUGAUGCCGGACGAAAAGUUGAAAACGAAACAGGUGAAAAAAGUUCCCUCCCCUACGAUUGAUGUGGAAAGUGAUUCGACUCAGUCGACCAGAUCAGAAGAUCUCUCAGUGAAGAAUGGUUUUAGUCCAAUCCGACCAGCUGAGGAAAGAAAUUUCAACUUAGAGUUACUCAGCAGACCCAGACCGCACGAAGGAAGUCCACAAUUGAUUCAGGAACUAAGCAACGACCGGUUAGCGUACAUGCUUCCAAAUGCAAGAUUUUAUGAAAAUCCCAGUUUGAUGGCGAUCCGAGAAAAGGCAGCUGGAAAUUUCCUCAGUUCAGAACUUCCUCGAAGUGCUUUCUCGAAGGUGACCAGCAUCACCAUUUCUGACUCUCCGGUUCCACCUCUGAGUCCUGAUCAACAAAGUUGUCCUUCAACCAGCCCUCCAGUCUCCAUUAGCCCGGGGGCUCCGAACAACUUCCGCUAUGACUACCCAUUCAUCAGCGGGAGUCCUCAACAUCCAGCCGAUCUUAGCCCACCGUCCAAGCUGAAACCAAUGAUGUACCGACCACCGAUGCAGGAAACUGAUCUUCCUCAUGGCUACUUCCCAUCACCCCCGUUCUUGCCAUUCACUGCCACCGGUGGUCCACCAAAUCUUCUGCCGGAAGUGGACGGCAUGAUCCGGAAUCCGGCUGCGGCAGCCAUCCUAUCGACGCUGCUACCGACGGCCAUGGGUGCUUUUUCACUUUCCGCGCAGAAUACCUGUGCCAAGUGUAACAUCAGCUUCCGGAUGACCAGCGAUUUGGUGUACCACAUGCGAUCCCACCACAAGAACGAGCACCAGCAGGAUCCACACCGGCGGAAGCGCGAAGAGAAGCUCAAGUGCCCGGUGUGCAAUGAAAGUUUCCGCGAGCGACAUCACCUGACGAGACACAUGACGGCACACCAGGACAAGGCGGGAGACUUGCUGGAUCCGAAGAAACGAGCGGCGGAUUUGCGCGGGCAUCAAGCGGGACGGUCGUAAAAUAGGUGGUUUGACGGUAGGUAGUAAGCUAGGCGCUAGCGGUGAUAUGAUGUGGUUGGUGGAAGAAGUCUGAUGUGUUUGUAUGUUCGGUAAGUUAGGUUGGAACUAAGGAGGAGUAAUUCGGUUUGUGAAUUGAUGGAAAUCAUGGUAAAGAGAAAAAAUAAUAAUUGAUAGCAUAUUUCCGUUGUAGUUAAGAAUUCAAUGCCAGUUGUUAUUAGCUGCGAAAACUCUCUAUAACCAGCGUUGUCCAGCUUGCGGUUUUAUUCGUUGAUGUACAGAUAUGACGCGGAUUUACAGAAAAUUUAUUAAUUGAUAAAAAUAAUACAGUUGACUUUCAUAACCAAACAAUCACAAUUUUUGCUAGACCCAACAAUUAUACAUGUUUAAACAUGCCAUAGCUAGUUGCUUCGGGUUAAAUGUAGGUAUACUAUUUGGCGAUCAAUCAACUAUGUCCAGUUAGUAAAAAAGCGUACUCAUUGAGCAAUUGAUUGUCUGUUCAAACCUAAAAAUUGCA